GCUGCCAUCUUUAUUGUGGUUGACGAGUACUUGCAGCAACUUAAGAGAAAAUAGCAAGGAAGUCUGCAGGCUGAAAGCCUUCAAAUUAGCCUGGACUCAGCUGAAUUUGGCUCGAAACGAAGUUAUCUCAGGGUGGGGAUUUAGUCCUCCGGUGGACGCAACACGCGCCAGCAGCUAAUAGAAUGUCGUUAGGGGACGGGCUCUGAGUCCGUUACGCCCAGGCACUUCCGGCUCACGCGCCGUACGGAAGCGUGGUCAGCGCUGGGCUUCUGCUCCGUACGGAAGAGUGCUUUGAUGCACCGGAAGCCGAAUCAAGAGAGCUAUGGCGGGUUUGACUGUGAGAGACCCAGCGGUGGAUCGUUCUCUACGUUCUGUGUUCGUGGGGAACAUUCCUUAUGAAGCUACUGAAGAGCAGUUGAAGGACAUCUUUUCUGAGGUUGGACCUGUUGUUAGUUUCAGAUUGGUAUAUGAUAGAGAGACAGGAAAGCCAAAGGGUUAUGGCUUCUGUGAAUACCAGGACCAAGAGACAGCACUUAGUGCCAUGCGGAACCUGAAUGGGCGAGAAUUCAGUGGGAGAGCACUUCGAGUAGAUAAUGCUGCCAGUGAAAAGAACAAAGAAGAGCUGAAGAGCCUUGGCACUGGUGCCCCUGUCAUUGAGUCACCUUAUGGAGAGACCAUCAGUCCUGAGGAUGCCCCUGAGUCCAUUAGCAAAGCAGUUGCCAGCCUUCCACCAGAGCAGAUGUUUGAGCUGAUGAAACAAAUGAAGCUCUGUGUCCAGAAUAGUCCCCAGGAGGCACGGAACAUGUUGCUUCAGAACCCUCAACUGGCUUAUGCUUUGCUGCAAGCACAGGUAGUGAUGAGAAUUGUGGAUCCGGAAAUUGCCCUGAAAAUUCUGCAUCGCCAGACAAAUAUCCCAACGCUGAUUGCAGGCAACCCUCAGCCAGUCCAUGGUGCUGGGCCUGGCUCAGGAUCCAAUGUGUCAAUGAACCAGCAGAAUCCUCAGGCCCCUCAGGCCCAGUCUUUGGGUGGAAUGCAUGUCAAUGGCGCACCUCCUCUGAUGCAAGCUUCUAUACAGGGUGGAGUUCCAGCACCAGGGCAAUUACCAGCAUCUGUCACAGGACCUGGCCCUGGUUCCUUAGCUCCUGGAGGAGGAAUGCAGACUCAGGUUGGAAUGCCAGGAACUGGACCAGUGUCCAUGGAACGGGGACAAGGAACCCUACAGCACUCGCCCGUGGGACCCGCCGGGCCUGCAUCAAUUGAGCGAGUUCAAGGGCAGAGAACAUGGAUGAUAUGGGCAUCUGUCCGAGGCUGUACUCCCUCCCUACUGGUGUCAGGAGGCCUGGAUGGAAUAGCAGUCUUGCCGAUGCAAGACCCCAGAGCAGCUAUGCAGCGGGGAUCCUUGCCUGCCAACGUCCCAACCCCUCGAGGCUUAUUAGGAGAUGCUCCAAAUGAUCCACGAGGAGGCACUUUACUUUCUGUAACUGGAGAGGUAGAGCCUAGAGGUUACUUGGGACCACCUCAUCAGGGUCCACCCAUGCACCAUGUUCCUGGCCAUGAGAGCCGAGGACCACCCCCACAUGAGCUGAGGGCAGGGCCAUUACCUGAGCCCAGACCUCUAAUGGCAGAACCAAGAGGACCCAUGUUAGAUCAGAGGGGUCCACCCUUGGAUGGCAGAGGUGGAAGGGAUCCCCGAGGAAUAGAUGCACGAGGGAUGGAAGCCCGAGCCAUGGAGGCAAGAGGGUUAGAUGCCAGAGGAUUGGAGGCCCGUGCAAUGGAGGCCCGUGCAAUGGAAGCUCGUGCGAUGGAGGCCCGAGCGAUGGAGGCCCGUGCAAUGGAAGUCCGAGGGAUGGAGGCCAGAGGCAUGGAUACCAGAGGCCCAGUGCCUGGCCCUAGAGGACCUAUACCUAGUGGAAUGCAGGGUCCCAGUCCAAUUAACAUGGGGGCAGUUGUCCCCCAGGGAUCCAGACAGGUCCCAGUCAUGCAGGGAACAGGCAUGCAAGGAGCGAGUAUACAGGGUGGAAGCCAGCCUGGUGGCUUUAGUCCUGGGCAGAACCAAGUCACUCCACAGGAUCAUGAGAAGGCUGCUUUGAUUAUGCAGGUUCUACAACUGACUGCAGACCAGAUUGCCAUGUUGCCUCCUGAGCAAAGGCAGAGUAUCCUGAUUUUAAAGGAACAAAUACAGAAAUCCACUGGAGCACCUUGAUAGGUUUUCAAAAAUACCUGGCAAGAAAUCUGGAAAUUAAUUCUAUAAUUUUGUUGAAAUAUUGAAAAAGAUGACCUGCAUCCUAACCCUUGAAUGACUCAAAUCAGUGCCAGGUGGAGGACUCCCAUCACCUUCUCUCAGAACAAAAGCAAUUCAUUUUAUUGUCUUAGUUUGUAUAUUUUCUGUGACUUGAAAUAAACUUUAAACACAAUUUUAGUACACUGCAAA